CGACGCAAACGCGGCUUUCUUGGAUGGCCUCGAUCAACUGCCUCCAGCCGCAGCCUCGUGGGACAGCAACGACGGUUUCGAUGUAGACCUUGGAACACGACAGGGAGAUCUUAUGGAUUCCUUGUUUUUGUUGUUCGGCCUUCUCCUUCUCGUAAAAAAAUGAUGAGGAUCAUGACAAAAUGAUUCUUUCAUUUUUGGAGGAUGUCGAUUACACCUGAUAUUGAAAGCAUGUGGUGUAUCGAGUUCGAGCGUCCUUCCUUGUUGCUUCUAAUAUCCUAACCUCAAGUGCCUCAGGAGGAGACGAUCGCGGAAAUGGCACAUCUUCUCUUGGUUCUCCCUACAAUGUGCUUUCUGUCUGCGCAUCAUUGCUAGGUAGCGACAAAGCCGAAGCUAUAGCUGCUCUGAGAAUGGCCCAAAUGAAUCAGGAACCGGCCACCGGUUUCGCCCAUCCGAGGCCAAAAACGUAUGAUAUCAAUGGUCACUCUGCUGGACGAGUGCAUGAUGUGCCUGGUGAAGAUGGGCAAGUACGACCUGGUGAAGCUGUUGUACACGUAGUUGGAGACGAAGAGGAAGUCGGCCGCGAUGGCACAGACCAAGAACUACAGACAAACAAGAG